GACGUUGAGCCUUGAACCUCACACCCUGAUCUGGAAAAGCCUCACCCCUUCUGGUUGGAUCAGAGAGUCAUCUCCGUCUUUUCCAACCAAAUGAAACCAGCCCUGUAGCGUUGUCUUUUCACUAAAUUGCUUUUUGUGAAAAUGGCUGCCGAAAAACAAGAGGAGCGACAAGGGUUUGACCUGGACCAGAACCAGUUCUGCUGCUCGGUGUGUCUGGACCUGCUGAAGGAACCGGUCGCCAUCCCCUGUGGACACAGUUACUGCAGGAGCUGCAUCGAGGACUGCUGGGACCAGGAGGACAAGAAGGGACAGUACAGCUGUCCUCAGUGCCGGGAGACGUUCAGCCCGAGGCCGGUUCUGAGGAGGAACACCAUGCUGACUGAGGUGGUGGAGAAGCUGAAGCUGAGCGGCCCCCGGCAGCCCUCUGCUCCUCUGGCCCGCGCCGGCCCACAAGAUGUGGCCUGUGAUUUCUGCAGCGGCGGCGGACCCAACAAAGCCGCCAUGUCGUGCCUGACGUGCAUGGCGUCCUACUGCCCGGCUCACCUGGAGCCUCACCGCAGCGUCCCCGUGUUGAAGAAGCACGAGCUGGUCUCCGUCAGCGUCCCGCUGCAGGAAAAGAUGUGCGCGAAGCACAACAAGCUGAUGGAGGUCUACUGUCGGACGGACGGGAAGUGCAUCUGCCACCUGUGCGUUAUUGAUGAGCACAAGGGCCACAAAACGUUGUCCGUUUCACGACAGAAAGCGGAGACGGAGCAGCGACUGCUUUCCAGUCGACAGGAAGUGCAGGCGAAGGUGAAGCAGAGAGAGGCGGAGCUGCAGAGGCUGAGCAGAGCUGAGCACGACGUCACGACGCGCGCCAAGGCCGCGAUGGAGGACUGCGACCGGAUCUUCGCGGAGAUGAUCACCUCCACGCAGGGCAGACGGGGGAAGGUGAAGCAGCUGAUCGGAGAUCAGGAGAAGAAGGUCGUCGCUCAGGCGGAGGAGCUGCGCCUUCAGCUCCAGGAGGACGUCAGCAAGCUGAGGGGCCGAGACGCUGAACUGGGUCGGCUGCUGCAUGACGACGAUCACGUCCAUAUGAUUCAGAGUUUCCAGUCUCUUUCUACUUUGUGCGACUCUCCGAACUUCUCCUUCGACGCCGCCGCUCCCCUGCGCUCCUUCGGCGAGGUGGCCGAGCGCGUGUCGGAGCUGAGAUGCAAGUCGGAGGCGGUUCUGAAGGACACGUGGCCCAGGAUCUCUGCCACAGUCUCUUAUGUCGACUUCUCACUACCGGCAGCACCAACAAGCAUGGCGGGCUUAUUGAGCUAUCGACGUCGCCUCACUUUGGACGGCAACACCAACUACCCCUACCUCCACCUCAUAAGGGACCACCUCAGGGUGAGGCCUUCGCCCGCCGCCUACCCCGCCCACCCGGGCCGGUUCGCCAAUUGGCCCCAGGUGCUGUGCAGGGAGGCCCUGACGGAGCGGUGCUACUGGGAGGUGGAGGGGCACGCUCGCACUCUGUCGGCGGCGGUGGCGUACGAAGACGUGAGCCGCUCGUCUCGGUUCGGGCAGGACGACAAGUCGUGGAGCCUGGAGUGCGGAACGGGGGGGGAGCUGCUGUUCCGUCACGACAACGUGGAGACGAGGCUGUCGGGGCCUCGCUCCAAGAGGAUCGGAGUGUUUCUGGAUUAUGAAGCCGGCACGCUGUGUUUUUAUCAGGUGCCGCAGCCGGUCGCGCUGCUCCACAAAGUCCACACCACGUUCACCCGGCCGCUCUACGCGGGGAUCGGGCUGGACUACCUGUGGUACGACGUCGGCGUCUUCGCACAGCUGGUCAAGUUAUGGCAGUGAAAGCGUUGGUUCUGCAACGACGAUUCCCUCUGCUGGAAAAGUUGUUUCCCUAAAAAUGAAAGUGAACAAUAUUGCUUUUGCAUUUUUAUGGUUUGUGAUUCAAAAUGAAAUUGCAUUGCUUGUACAGAAGAUUGCAUCAGAUUACAAUAGUUAUAAUUAGCUAACAAUUCUCCAACAGUCUGCUUUGGUUUUCUGAUUUCAAGGUUGGUUGUUUUGUGGCGAUGUGGGUUUGCACUUGUCAGUGAGGCGGGAGACUUAAAAUCUAAUAAAAAAUAAGAUACAUUUAUAAAAAUAAAAAUAAAAAAGGUACCAGCAAUGCCACCUAGUUGCGGAGUCUAGGUCUCCAUAAAAACAAGUUCUUUUUCACCGGAGGAAGAACAGCAGGGAUCACAAGACUUAAAAGCGUGGUUUAAAAGGA